CAAAAGUUAGACGACGUUUGUCCGAUAAGUCAGUCGCGGCCCAGUUAUUUUUUGGAGGCCAGACGCAACCGCACUGGACCCAGCUGCUGGCUGGCAUCCUGCUUUUUCGGUUUCAUUGAACAAGCUUCUUGGAGAGAUCAGGCUUGGAAACUUGGAAGUUGGAGCGAGGGGAGGCCCUCGAGCAGGACAGCCACCGAGGCAUGGCCGCCACCUCGUGUGCCCGUGCCGGCGGUUUGCUAUCAGGGCCCAGCAUUUCAAGCAGAUGGGGCCACAUGGCGGACACGCAAAGGGAUACACUGCCAACUGGAAGCAGGUUUGCCCCCUUCCUUGGACGGGGCAUUCAUGAGGGGCAGCCGGCACAGCCCACUGCAAGAAGGGCCCGCUGUCAGGUGCGUGCGGCUGCCAGCCCCCCCGCCCUGCCCUUCCGUGUUGGCCAUGGCUUUGACCUGCACCGCCUGGAGCCCGACCGCCAGCUCAUCAUCGGUGGAGUCACCAUCCCGCACGACCGAGGCUGCGACGCGCACUCCGAUGGCGACGUGCUGAUGCAUUGCAUUGUGGACGCGAUUCUGGGCGCGCUCAGCCUGCCCGACAUUGGGCAGCUCUUCCCCGACAACGAUCCCAAGUGGAAGGGGGCCGCCUCCUCCGUUUUCAUGAAAGAAGCAAUCAAGCGGAUGCGGGAGGCGGGGUACUCGCUGGGCAACCUGGACGCGACGGUGAUCCUGCAGCGGCCGAAGCUGAGCCCGCACAAGGAGGCCAUCAAGGCGAUCCUGUGCGAGCUGCUGGAGGCGCACCCGAGCUGCAUCAACAUCAAGGCCAAGACGCAUGAGAAGGUGGACAGCCUGGGCGAGAACAGGAGCGUCGCCUGCCACACCGUCGUGCUGCUGCUCAAAGACAGCUGACGCGGGCCCCCCCGCGGUGUCGACUUGCAGUUUUGAUCUUCGAGUUGCAAAAAGUAGUAGAAUGCUGCGGCGGUUGAGUUCAUUACAGUGUACGCUUUCAAAAAAGAGCAGCGUAUGUAAGAUUCAUUGCGCACGGGAGAAGCUUAACAGUUUGCUAAUGUGCCUACUCUGAAGUCAGAAAUUAGGCUGCGAAGGCAUUUAGGAAUACAGUACAAGUUGGAUUCGAACAUCAUUCUUAUCAAUUACAAAUGAAUACAAAUAAAGCGUUUAAGCGUUCAAAGGUCUGGACAUACCAAAAGUACCAAACUUGUCAUGCAUUGAUAUAUUCCUUGGGCACGUGCAGCUCAUACAAGAACCUGCGUAGCUACUUCCCGG